AUGAGAGUCUUGGGUCAAUACAGCUCCUACAGCAACCCCGGAAGCAUCAGUCUCGAGCACGAAUGGGUUUUUCCGACCUCACUCAAGGGACCCGCGCUUCAUUGGUACACCCAACUACCAGCCGGAUCCAUCGACAGCUUUGCCACCUUGAGGCGGCGAUUCGUGGCACAAUACGCCACCAGCCGGCCUCACCACACACCCUUGGCCGCCUUGGCCAACCUCAGGCAGAACGAUGAUGAAUCUCUGCGAGCUUUCAUGGAGCGCUUCUCCAACAUCUCGGUUCGGAUCCGGAAUCUAAACCCGGAGGUCGCCCUGCACGCCAUGCUCAUGGCACUGAAACCCGGAUCGUUCGUCGACAGCCUAUGCCGCGACGCCCCCCGCGACAUGGAUGAGCUGCGUGCCUGCGCCGCCAGCUACAUUCAGAUGGAAGAACACUCGGCCUUCCGCGACCAAGUUCGCGGGAAGGGCCCCGCAAAACCGGAACAGGGCCACAAAGAUAAGGUAAAAGUCAAUAAUGACAGCCAAUUCAAGAAGCCAGCCAGAGCCAACAGAAGCGGGAGAUAUGACUUCUACACUCCCCUAAACGCCCCGAGAGUCCACAUCCUGGAAGAAGCCAGUAAUAAUAACCUACUAGCCCUUCCACCACCCGGCCACACCCCCAACAGCGCCGAUCAGUCCAAACACUGUCGGUACCACAGGAACUACGACCACACUACUGACGAGUGCCGCACGCUCCGGGACUGCACCGAAGAGCUCAUCCAGGCGGGCCACCUCGGCCACUACAUCCAGCGACAGCCAGUGUCAACCCCACACCUCACUAUGAAGUUCCCGGGCAAGGACGGUCAGGUCAUCUCCGUCAAAGCUAAUGAGAAGAUAGCUCGGCAAUGCUACGCCGAGAGCCUGAAGAUCUCCUCGUCGAGCAAGCAAAGUGAGGAGAAUCCCCCCACUAUAGCUCCCUAA